AUGAGGGUGUGGGGCUUCGACUUCGAGGCGGGCCGUCUGGAUGAAGCUCCUCACCCCUUCACCGGUAUGGGCAAGGAGGACACGCGCAUCACCACCCACUACGACGAGGAGGACUUUACGAAGGCCAUGUUCGCAACGAUCCACGAGACCGGCCACUCCCGCUACGAGACGGGCUGCGGCCCGAUGGCGAUGCGCGGCCAGCCGGUGUGCAACGCGCGUUCUCUCAGCAUCCACGAGAGUCAGUCGCGCUUUGCCGAGGUGGUUGUGGGUCACUCCGGCGCCUUCGCCGAGUUCAUCACACCCAUCUUGAAGGAGUACCUCGGUGAUCAGCCCGCCUUCACGGUGGAGAACGUGCGUCUGAUGAACCAGACGGUGAAGCCUGGAUUUAUCCGCAUCUACGCCGACGAGGUGUGCUACCCGCUGCACGUCGUUCUGCGGUACGAGAUCGAGCGUGCGCUGAUCGAGGGCACGAUGGAGGUGGAUGACAUCCCGCGUGUGUGGAGCGAGAAGAUGAAGGAGUACCUUGGCCUGGACACGGAGGGCCGCGACGACAUCGGGUGCCUGCAGGACAUCCAUUGGGCACAAGGCUGUUUUGGGUACUUCCCGACGUACUCGCUUGGGUCGAUGUUCGCGGUGCAGCUGAUGGCGACGAUCAAGAAGGAGCUCGGCGAGGACACGGUGGACAAGUGCAUCCGCACCGGCAACCUGGAGCCCAUUCUUUCGAAGCAGAAGGAGAAGAUCUGGGCCAACGGUUGCAUGCUUGAGACGGAGGAUCUGAUCAAGAAGGCCACCGGCGAGCCGUUGAACCCGAAGUACUUCCGCGAGUACCUGGAGCGCCGCUACCUGCGCAAGGAGGACUAG